GCUGGGCGUCAUGGUGUAGUGGCGACACCGCGAUCCUUCGUGGCAUGCCCGGAUUGAUGAAGGAUGGGUCUCGAUGUUGCAGUCGCCCUUCACAGAACCGAUGAAUCUAGGCCACCUCCAUGGGCAUCUUUGAGGUGCUGGAGCAGAUUUCCAUGGACCUGUUGCAAGAGAGCUCCGCGCUUCUGACAGAACGGGAGGAGGAAAUCCGAAGCCGGCCAUCGACUUUGGCCAACAGCGCUCUCUGCGACAAUCGCAACAUGGUGAUGGCUGCCGUGGAAACUUCCGGCUAUGCCUUGCAGCACGCCUCCGCCAGGCUCCGUGCGGAUGUGGAGGUGGUGUGGACGGCGAUCCAACAAAGUCCCGAUGCGCUGGCCUUUGCCGAUGCCAAACUUCGACGGAAUAAGCCGCUGGUGCUACAGGCAGUGAAGAGCUGCCCCAGUGCACUACACUUUGCAUCAGCUGAGUUGAAGGCAGAUAAGGAAGUGGUUUUGGCAGCGGUCUCCCGCUGUGGCUAUACUGUGAAGUUUGCUGACCCGGCCCUGAAAGAUGACGAGGAGGUGAUGCUCGCGGCAGUGCAAAGCAGCGCUGCCAGCGCUGCGACACUGCGCUAUGCAUCUGAACGUAUUCGUCGAAGUGCCAACUUGGUCCUUGCAGCUGUUGAGACCAACCCUGGAGUUCUCUUCUAUGCCGAUGAAAGCCUUCGGAGCAGUAAGGACUUCACGCUGCGGGCGGUGAAAUGCCGAGCAGACGCCUUGAGGUGCGUGGAUGAGAAGUUUCAAGCAGAUCGAGAAGUCGUGUUGCUGGCAGUGAAUCAGUGUGGACAUACCUUGGCCUUCGCAUCCGAGUCCCUAAAGGAUGAUCGCGAGGUGGUCCUGGCUGCCACCAGCGUGCGUGGCUCCUCCUUAGUCCACGCCUCGCAACGACUGCGCCAAGAGCGGGCCGUGGUGCUGUCCGCGGUCAGUCAAGAUGGUUCUGCUUUGGCCUAUGGAUGUGAUGAGUUCAGGAGGGACAAGGAGUUCAUCAUGCUGGCGGUGGCCCUGAAUGGCCUAUGCCUCCAAUACGCUUCGGUGGAGCUACGAGCGGAUCGCCAGGUGGUCUUGCAGGCCAUCAGAUCCAAUCCUUACGCGUUUGAACAUGCCGAUUCACGGCUGAAACGGGAUAGAGAGAUUGUCUUAGCCGCCACCAAUCAGCAGCCGGAAUGUCUCGCCUUUGCCUUGGAUUCGGUGAAGCAAGACGACAUCUUCAUGAUCUCUGCAGUUGCAAGGCAGCCCCUCACGCUGCAAUUUGCCACAGAAAAACUGCGGUCGAACAAAGAUGUCGUGCUGGGGGCCAUCAAAAGCUUGCCAGAAGCAUUCCAGUUUGCUCGCCACAACUUAAGGCAAGAUGUUGAUUUCGUGCGACGAGCUCUCCUGAUCAACGUGGAAGUCUUCAAAUACUUGGAUGACCACAUGAAGAUGGAUCGCAGCUUGGCCAUGGUAGCACUUCGCGUCCAUGGCAGUGCGGUGCAAUACCUGCAGCAGCCGAUGUCCGAGGACCCAGAGCUUCUGCUUCUGGCGAUCCGCAGCUAUGCCAAGGCUUUCCGUUUUGCUCCAAAGGACAUGCAAGCGGACAAGGAGUUCGUGAUGGCCGCGGUCCUAAAGAACCCAGAGGUGUUGCAAUGCAUCGAACUCCAAGAUGUUGACUUCGUGGAGACGUUGCUGGCAGCGUGUCCAGCAGCACUGGAGCACUUGCCAUAUGAAUUUCAGGCCAAUCCCACCAUGGUCCUUACGGCCUUGCAGAGUGAAUCGCAGGCCUGCGAGUUGGCUGAGGAUGACAUCAUGCCCGAACAGCCGAGACCGUCAUCGAAUUCUCGAGGGAUCGCGGGUCGUUCUUCGCCCUUGGCUUUUGCUGCUCAUGCGUUGCGAUCUGAUCCUCACUUCCUUCUUGCUGCAGUCGCAUUGGACAGCAGCGCAUUGGCUUACGCAGUCGAGGCGCUGCAAAAAAACGAGGACUUCGUGCUUGCUGCAGUCCGCGUGAACGGCCUGGCGCUCUCGGGCGCCUCGCCGCAGCUGCGCUGCCGCCAGGACUUCGUGCACCAGGCCGUGCGCUGCGAUGGCCGCGCCCUGGUGGCGCUGCCGGAGCCGCUGCGGUCGCAGAAGGACAUUGUCAUGGCUGCUAUGUGCAAUCGUGGUGAUGCCCUGAUGUAUGCCACGGAAUUCUCCCAGGGCGACAAGGAGGUGGUCAUCGCCGCGGUGCUACGCUGGGCUCCAGCGUUGCGCUUUGCCUCGCUGCGGCUGCGAGCAGAUGAUGAGGUGGUCCUGGCCGCCGUGAAAUCCUGGGGCAUCGCCUUGCAGUUUGCUGCACCGGAGGUCAGGGCUCAACGCAAUGUGGUCCUGGAGGCGGUCCGCAGCGACGGCCUCGCGUUGGUGCACGCCUCCGAGGAGCUGCGCGAUGACGAGGAGAUCGUCCUGACGGCGGUGCGCCUCUGGGGCUCGGCGCUGCAAAGCGCCUCGCCGCGUCUGCGCGCUGCGCGCCAGGUGGUCCUGGCCGCGGUGGAGCGCUGCGGCGUGGCGCUGCGCUAUGCCGAUGAGAGGCUUCAAGCAGACAAGGAGGUGGCUAUGACAGCCGUGGCCAGUGAUGGAUUGGCACUGCCUCAUUGCCAUCAGUCUUUGCGAGCAGAUCGGGAUGUGGUCCUCUGUGCUGUUUCAAGCCAUGGCUCGGCACUGUCUUAUGCUGAUGUGAAGCUCAAGGCUGACAAGGAGCUGGCAAUGGCGGCGGUCUGUGCGCGUGGCGAGGCGCUGCGACAUGUGGCGCCAUCGCUGCUGCGGGAUCGUGCGUUGAUUCUGGCCGCCGCGAGGACCUGGAGCGGAGCUCUCUCCCUUGCUGCGCCGGAGCUUCGCUCUGAUCAGGACUUUGUUUGCCAUGCAAUGCAGAGCUACUUCUCCCAGACUCCUGAUGUCGCACCGACAGAUGAAGGUUGGAACGGCAUGAGCCUUUGAGAUUCGGAGCUUCCUUGUACACAAGGCCAUGGCAGCCAUGGCCAUGGAGUCACCAGGCUACUGCUGACUGCCUUGGCUUGCCCCUGCCGCAUGGGCUGGUUGAUUGAUGUUUUUUUUUUUCCAGGACUCCCAG